GACGGCUUGGAGGGAACUGAGUGAGAGCAGAGGGCUGAGAUGACCUACCCUGGGGAGCUGAAUGGUGAGAUCUGGGGUGAGGGGACAGGAGCCAGAGGUCAGGAGCCAGGAGUGCAGAUCUCUGCAGGGCCCCGGGUCUGAAACAAACUUGAGAAUAGAAGCCAGUCUCUAAUGGCCAGGGUUCUGUCACUCCCCUGUGGCGCCUGUGGCCUCUGGCAUCAGCAGUGCCCAUACUUCUUUUCUCCCAUCUCCAGGUUGAUUCAGUCCUACCUUCUCGAUUUCAGGCCACCACAUCCUCUGUCCCUCUCUUCCUAGCCAAAGGCCUCAUAAACUUGAUGAGAAAGCCAGCCUGCUUUGCUUGAUCUAGCUGGGAGCCGUACAGACACACAGACACAAAUCCCUUCCAACCUGGGACAAGCGCCUGGUCUUAGGAUGGGUGCCCCUGAAAGUUCUGGAGACUUUCCUAUGCAUUUAUUUUCAUCAAAACAAAAAUAUAGCCCGAGCAGAAUUUAAAAGGUCUGUGGCACCUCCAGUGGUUAGAACAUCCUGUGCAACAGAAAAACUAGCAACCAGCCUAAAUACCGUCAGAGAAUAUUCUAGGCCAAAAACGACCCACACACCCUGCAUUCUAGAGGCAAGGGGUCAGAGGAGCUUAGGGAAGAACAGGCCUGGAGACCAAACCCCAUAACUAUGUAGUGGAUGUCAUGAGGUCCAGAUACUUUGUACUCUAUCAGGUCUCUGUUGGUGGCCUCCAUUCCCGUGUAUCAGGUGGUGUGGUUCUGGCAUAGUUGGGGUAUGGUUCCUCUACCACCUCCCAAAACAGACAGCACCUCUUGCCAGGCAAUCCAGAGCUCGCCCUGGGCCAAAACUGUAACCUGCCUGCUCACCCAGCCUUCUCCACAGGACUCCAGACAGAGUGGCUGGCGAGUGAACAGAAGCCGGGUCCACUAGGGCGGGGCUGCCCACAGCCUCGCAUCUGGCCCAGGUUUGUCGCCUGUAGCCAGUACCCCACCUCCCACCAGCUCACACAGUCCUGGGGUCAUUGCCCAGGUCUGGCCUCUGCCAAGUACACAUUGGCGCCACUGGGCCGCCACUAUGCGACCCCCUUAGGGGUGGGUCCUAACCACGGGGGAGGGGAGGAUCCAGAAAUGGGGAUAUUUGGGGAGAUUAAGGAGGGGAAUGUGCAACCGUGCUUGUCCAGUGGCCUGUGGUUCACUCCCCACACACACCAAUUCCCACUUUUCUGUUUAGCCUUCAGCCCUAGAAAAGGGGAAUGCGGGUGCAAAGGACAGACUAGGAAGCCCAGAACUAAGAGAGAGGGGUCAUGGGAAAGCCCACAACCUGGGCUCCCACAGGCCUGGCGACACGACUCGGAGGAGGGCCAGAGGCGAGAGCACCAUUGUCAACCAGCAUCAUUAACCAGCUCUCCCAUCUCCUUGCGGUGAACUGAGGAGGGUCUACCCAGAAGCGGGGCCCGACCCACAGAGGUGCUCGCACGCUUCGCCUGCAGGGCACAAACAGCCCCAUCCAUUAAAGCACCGCUGCCAGACAGCGGCGAGACGCAUCCGGCUGUCGGGCCCCACUUCCUCCCUCCCUGAGCCCAGGGUGACCUGUCUGCCAAGGGUGUAUGGGGGAGGGGGACGUGGAGUCUCAAACUUGAGCAAAUAAAUAAGUUCUGGGAACGCCUCCCUCUGCCCAGUGGAAAUUCAGAGGUCCUCAACACAUCUAUUGCCCCACCAGAAGGGUGGGGGGUCCAGGUGGAGGAGGAUAGGGAGAAGUGAUGCAUGGAGUUUGCGAGCCGGAAGCAAGGGGCUGGGGCUCGGGAAAAGGGUCCCCAACACUACGCAUGAUCUCCUGCUGUGGAAAGAGCCCCCAGCCAUCCAGGACAGGGGGCGCAUUUCUGGGCGGGAGGGGGUUAAGUCAGUGGCUUCGAUGCUCCACGUAGUAGCUGGCUCCGCUGCCAGCUGCGGUCAGGGCUGCCCUAUAAAUGGGCCGAGAGACCCAAGAAUCUAGGACUUGCUGCCGCCAGCGCCCGGCCGCCGCCGCAGCCCCCAGCCCUGACUCCAGGCAUCCCGGCCAUGGCCCGCGUGCUCUUACUCAGUCUGAGCUUCUUUGCCAUCCUCUUGCCGGCGCUGGCCGCCUGCCCCCAGAACUGCCACUGCCAUGGCGACCUGCAGCAUGUCAUCUGUGACAAGGUGGGGCUGCAGAAGAUCCCCAAGGUGUCAGAGACAACCAAACUGCUCAACCUCCAGCGCAACAAUUUCCCAGUGCUGGCUGCCAACUCGUUUCGGACCAUGCCGAACCUGGUCUCGCUGCACCUGCAACAUUGCAACAUCCGCGAGGUGGCCGCCGGUGCCUUCCGAGGCCUGAAGCAGCUCAUCUACCUGUACCUGUCCCACAACGACAUCCGGGUGCUGCGAGCUGGAGCCUUCGAUGACCUGACUGAACUCACUUACCUCUAUCUAGACCACAACAAGGUUUCGGAGCUGCCCCGGGGCCUGCUCUCUCCUCUGGUCAACCUCUUCAUCUUGCAGCUCAACAAUAACAAAAUCCGAGAGCUGCGAGCUGGAGCCUUCCAGGGCGCCAAGGACCUGCGCUGGCUCUACCUGUCAGAAAACGCCCUCAGUUCCCUGCAGCCCGGAGCCCUGGAGGAUGUGGAGAACCUCGCCAAGUUCCACCUGGACAAGAACCAGCUCUCUAGCUACCCCUCGGCUGCCCUGAGCAAACUUCGGGUGGUGGAGGAGCUGAAGCUGUCCCACAACCCUCUGAAGAGCAUCCCAGACAACGCCUUCCAGUCCUUCGGCCGAUACCUGGAGACCCUCUGGCUAGACGACACCAACCUGGAGAAGAUCUCAGAUGGUGCCUUCCUGGGUGUGACCACACUGAAACACGUCCAUCUGGAGAACAAUCGCCUGAACCAAUUGCCCUCCACCUUCCCCUUCGACAACCUGGAGACCCUCACUCUCACCAGCAACCCAUGGAAAUGCACCUGCCAGCUCCGUGGCCUUCGGCGGUGGUUGGAAGCCAAGACUUCUCGGCCAGAUGCCACCUGCUCCUCACCAGCCAAGUUCAAGGGUCAGCGCAUUCGUGACACAGACGCCCUCCGCAGCUGCAAAUCCCCCACCAAGAGGUCCAAGAAAGCCGGCCGCCAUUAAACAGGUCCUGUCUGAGCCAGUCCUGGUGACUGGGGUGACUGGAGUGACUACUGACUUCUCCCCUACCAUCCACACCUUCUCCCACAGCCUCUGCCGCUGAUGCACAGAGCUGCCCACACCUAGACACAUCCUGGCAGGGAGCCCUGGACUCUUUGUUACCACCCCAGCUCCACCUAAUGGGGUCCAAGGGAGGAGGACACAGCGCCUCUCCCCAGGCACUGCGCAUGGCUGCUCUCAGGGAAGCCAGUGCAGAACUCCCUACCCUGAGUCUCUCAGAGCCAAAAUCCAGUGGUCACUGGGAUGGCCACACCCCUCUAACCACCUUCCCCAGUUCCCGCCUCCCCUGCCAUUUGGAAACAAACACCAGGCCCUUGUCCCACCCUCACUGCCAGAAAGGGUUUCAAGCCCGUGUCCCCAGUCCCUGCCUGCCAGGACGUGCUAACAGGAUACAGUGCUUGGCUGCACCUGCUCCCAUGCUGCAUCUCUGCCCCGGAUUUCUAUAAACAUAAUUUUAUGUGUGUAUAACA